UUCACAGCUGUCAGAAAUUUUCAGCUCGCGAAGCAAUAUCCUUGAAACAUAAAUCCGGAACAAAAGUGGCAAAGAAGGUCCUAAACUCCCGUUCUCGGUUCUCUCGCUGGUUUCGCGUUGAUCGGUGUUUCCAACUCUGUCCAAGGUGGCCGCAAUCAUCAGCCAGGCAAUGCCGGAAACGGUGGAAGGCGCUGAGGUGCCCAAGACAAAGCGCCCCUCGGAUUCGGCCUUCAAGCAGCAACGACUGCCCGCCUGGCAGCCCGUUCUCACCGCUGGCACAGUCCUGCCAGCAUUCUUCCUUAUUGGCAUCGUGUUCAUACCAAUCGGGGUGCUGCUCCUGAUCUCAUCGAAUUCGAUAACCGAGUUCGUGUACGACUACACGCACUGCAUGCCGGAAGCGGGAAAUCAAACGUGCGCCGAAAUCAUCAGCCGGAGCCCGGGCAGGGGCACGGAUUGUGAAUGCACCAUAGCGUUCGAGCUACCGGAGGAUUUCCUCGGUAAGGUAUACCUCUACUACGGGAUGACCAACUACUAUCAAAACCAUCGCCGAUAUGUGAAGUCGCGCGACGACGAUCAACUGCUUGGACGAUUGUCCUCCACGCCAUCAAGCGAUUGUGCGCCGUUUGCGUACAUAGACGAGGAAGAGCAAAAACCGAUAGCACCGUGCGGUGCGAUCGCGAACUCGCUGUUCAGCGACCGGUUCGAGAUGUACUCGGUUACGCUCGACCGGAAGGUGCCGCUGCUGCAAACCGAGAUCGCCUGGCCGUCGGAUCGACAGAUCAAGUUCCGCAACCCGGAAGGUGAUCUCAAGGAGGCUUUGCGUGGCUUUUACAGCCCGAAGGCGUGGAACCGGCAGCUGUGGGAGCUGGAUCCGACGAACAAGGACAACAAUGGUUUCCAGAACGAGGAUCUGAUCGUGUGGAUGCGCACCGCCGCACUGCCGACCUUCCGGAAGCUACACCGUCGCAUCGAUCACUCGCAGGACGGGUUCCAGGAGGGGCUUAGCAAGGGGAACUACACGUUCAAGGUUAUGUAUUCCUACUCGGUGAUUGAGUUCGAGGGCACCAAGAAGUUCAUCCUCUCCACGACCUCGCUACUGGGUGGUAAGAAUCCGUUCCUUGGGUUUGCUUACAUCAUCGUCGGCAGUGUUUGCCUGCUGCUAGGACUAGUGCUGCUUAUCAUUCACGUAAAGUGCAACAAAACUAACGGCGGCAUCAGCAACGUCCAUCAGCGGUCGUCUUCGCGCCCAUAGGAGUUACUGUGCCUCAACAGUUAAUUAUAAUUUCUGUGUUAAAAUUUUGCGCCUCCACAAAGUCCAGUACUUUUUUAACUAAUAUUUUUUUUUUGAGCAUUUAUGCGCUUACGCUCUACCUAAGUACUUCACGUUUUUGAGCUCUCGGGCAGCAUUCUUUAAACUAAACAAUUAAGCAGACCGGGCAGAAUGUUAGCCUUUUUUUGCGGAAAUCCGUGCAACAAACCACUAGAUUAUUAUGUUUCCUCACGUUACAUGCUUGUUGUUAUUGCUUUAGUAUCGUUAUAAUUAUUCAUUCCAUCCACCCCUAGCAGAAAUGAUUGAUACCGGUUGGCUUAAAUGUUAUCCGCAGUCUUACAGAUACGCUCUGGAGGUGGCAGCGCUUCAGCUGGCGUCAUUUUAGUAGGCGGAAACGUCGACAAUCGAAGCAAAAGGAAUCAUGAAACGUUUAAAUUUGUUUACAGAAUCAAGAGAAUACGCGGAACCACAGAAUCGAUGCGUACAGUUCCGAUGGAGCAUGUUAGGUAACCAUACCGAGCCGUAGGAAGGUACCGAUGGAAAGGGGUUAGUUACAUUUAAUUGUGGCAAUUCUUGCCAAUGGGCACCGUUUGGCUCAUGUAGUUACUUUACAGAAAACUAGCGCUCCGCACCCAGAUCGUUAUGUUUGAAGCGCACGAUCGUGCGCUUAUCCACAACCUAUCAAAGAUAUCAAGCUGCACCUACAAUUUUCUUAUUCUACAAAGUGUCCUUCGAUGAAACCAUCGUGCGAUCCGGGCCGGCAGAAGGCCUUUGAAUGUAUGUGAGAGACAAAAUUACCAAAAAGCGUGAGAUAGACAGGCAGCGGCUGGCAGUGCCGCAGCUGGUGUGUUAUAAUGGAGCAGACUAAACAGCUGGAAGUGUUGAUAUAGGUCCUGUUUUAAAUGUUCGUAGCAGGAGAAUCAACGCUUUGGUGGGUUCUAGGUCCUCGCGAAGAUAGAACGAAGAUAAAUAUUCGAUCGAAAUACCAUGAUCAACAUUCACCUAUAAAAUCUGACGAUCGUCGCCGUACGGAUUAAGUAUUAUUCACUAAAUACCUGCAUUAGAUGGAUAACAUUUGGGUAAUUCUAAAAGUAUGAGGGAUUGCUAUAGUGUUGAUAGUAAAGCUAUAUAUUAGAAGCAAUAAAAUAUUGUUGUGAAACCAA